AUGGCACCCUCGAACUGCACAAUCCGCCACGCGCGCCGUGAAGAUGUCCCCAUCAUCCUCUCCCUGAUCCGGGAGCUCGCAGAAUACGAGAAGGCGCUCGACAGCGUCCAGGCUACCGAGGAGUCCCUCGGAAACACCAUCGCCUUCGCACCCUCCGACCAGACGACCUACACCCCGGGAAAGCCGGUGACGGAACCCACAACGCCCAACAGACCCGCGAGAUGCCUGCUCCUCUUCAACGAGGCCGGCGAGGGCGUCGGCAUGGCCUUGUACUUCUACAACUACAGCACGUGGCGCGCCAAGCCCGGCGUCUACCUGGAGGACCUCUACGUGCGCUCCACGGAGCGCAAGAAGGGGUACGGCAAGCGCCUGUUGGUCGAGCUGGCCAAGGAGGCCGUCGCCAUGAACGCGGGCCGCCUCGAGUGGGUGGUGCUGAAGUGGAACGAGCCGAGCAUCAAGUUUUACGAGUCCAUCGGCGCGAAGGCCAUGGACGAGUGGGUGGGCAUGCGCGUCGACGGCGACGCCCUGCCCAAGCUGGCCGGUUUGUUGGAUUGA